AUGCCUGAUACAGAGCGCACGCCAGCACCAGCCAACUUCGUAGUGGGCAGCAACUAUCAAGUACUGGAUGUUAUCGGCGAAGGGGCGUAUGGGAUCGUGUGUUCGGCCCUCCAUGUUCCCUCGCAACGCAAGGUCGCCAUAAAACGUAUCAGUCCGUUCGACCACUCCAUGUUCUGUCUCCGCACUCUUCGUGAGAUCAAGCUCUUGCGUCACUUCCACCAUGAGAACAUAAUCUCGAUCCUGGAUAUCCUGAAGCCUCCGAGUUUGGCGGAAUUCAGGGAGGUAUACCUCGUCCAGGAGUUGAUGGAGACGGAUCUUCAUCGGGUCAUACGGACACAAGAGCUGAGUGACGAUCAUUGCCAAUACUUUAUUUACCAGACGUUGCGAGCCUUGAAGGCUCUUCAUUCCGCUGACGUUUUACAUCGCGAUCUGAAGCCAUCUAAUUUACUCCUCAAUGCUAAUUGUGACUUGAAACUCUCUAUCAUUCUCGAUGUUCUUGGGACGCCAUCUCUAGAUGAUUUCUACGCGAUAACAUCUCAGCGAUCAAGAGAAUAUAUCCGCGCGCUACCGUUCAGGAAGAAGAAGCCGUUUAACACCUUGUUCCCGAAUGCGAACCCUUUGGCUCUUGAUCUCAUGGAAAAGUGCUUGACUUUCAGCCCGAAGAGAAGGAUUGAAGUUGAGGAAGCUCUUAAACACCCAUAUCUAGAGGCAUAUCACGACCCACAGGACGAGCCAACGGCGGAGCCACUAGACCCCUUGUUUUUUGAUUUUGACUAUGGCGACCCGCUGGGCAAAGAACGACUUAAAGGCACGUCCUUCGUCCAACAUUGA